UGUGCGCCUGCGCCCGCGAGCCGGGAAGGAAGGCCGCGCUCUGGGCGCUGGUGAGCGCGGGCGCGCAGGUGGGCGGGGGCCCCCGGUGCCGCCUGGAGUGGCCUGCGGGGAAGGCGGGAAACCUGCGGCUGCGAGGGUCGUGAACAGGGUUAGCCCUCCGCCCCUUCCUCGUCAAAGGAGUACCCCUGGGGACGUCGGGGGUCGCCAGCGGUGGAGGUUUGGGCACCAAGACAGCGGUUUCAGGAGCCAAGCCCUGCCUGGGAAGAAGCAACGCAUUGCUCCCAGUGCCAGGCCUGAGCGCUGGGGUAAAUAUGUAACUGAAACGAGAGCUUCUGGCCAUGUGCAGAGUGCUUUCCCCUCUUUCCUGUUGAUUAAUAGUCAGGGAGCAACUUACGUCCGCAGUCCGUUUGGCUUAUACGAUAACACGAUGUUUUGAUCAAGGAAGAUAUGCUUUUGGUUACAAGCGAGCUUUUCAUUAUUAUUAUUUAUUUCUCACAUACAUAUUCUCUUCUUGCCCCGCCUCCCAGCACUUUGCUUAACAUCCAGCCCGAUGAAGAAUUCUGGUGAACUUGAAAGCUUGCUCACUAUUUUGUGACAUUUUGGUUGGUCAUAACAAAAGGACUUAGGAAUUUUUCGAAAUAAAAGUGGCAGUUUGGCCAUGCAUGCUAAUGUAACCUACCUCUUCCUCUGCUUAGCUGAUUUCUCUUUGAGAGAGGCUUAUUUGUUUGGCAUGUAGACAAAUGGCAAAUAGUGCCCCAGGAAAGAACUUCAUCGGCCCUGCUGUGCAGUAACUGAAGGUACUAUGUCCUUGCUCUGCCGUGCCAGAGUUUUGUUUCUGAAAUAAAAAUUGCCACAUACUAUGCUGCUUUACACGCUUAAAAGCCCCAGAUCCAGACAUAAGAUGCUAGCCACAGCCAUUCCGGGUCCUUGCGCAUGCACUCAUGGUGGAAAUACUGCUCCAUGGGGCUUGGCUGCUGAGCAGUAUUCAGCUAACUUGCAAGAAUGUUAAUAACUCUUUUUUCUAAGCCGAACUUCCACGGUGCAGAUAUCUCCCUUCUGUUUGGUUGACAGCUGUACACAUGAGGCAGUUUAGAAAUGAUGGCAUUGUGCCCUUUGCUUUCCUCAAUAAAUAAAUAAGUUCAUGUACCCAUCUGAAAGAGAUUUUUAAACUUGUCUUCCAAUCUUUUUUGGUCUUCCAUGUGCAAUUUAUUUUGUCAGUGGCUUGUUGCUUUUGCCACAUUCAUUGCUGGCAUGUGGUCCCUGGCCAGAAAAGGCUAGCCAACCCCACUGUAGAAUUUACUGAUGGUAGAUAAUGGAUGAAACUGCUGUAUAUGUAAGUUGAUGCAGAGUUUUGGCUUCCAGUGGUCAACUUGCAUCGGAAUGUAGUGUGUACUUGCAUAUGUACAUACUAGUGUGUAUCAUGACCUUAGCCAAUGGUGGCGCAGAGGAAGAUUGACAGACAGCCGCUCUCCAGCAUUUCAGAGAGGAGUUUUUCACAAGCCUGCCUAAAGAUGUGUUUGUGCCAAUUAUCCUAUGCUCUGCAGUUACACGAGCCUUUGAUUUAACACUCAUAUUUUGUAGUGCAGCCUUGCCAAAAGCAACGUAAAGUCCUGUUCCUGAGAUUGUGCAUAGGAUGUUGACCAGCAAUACUACCAUUUUUAGUAGUAGUAGUAGUAGUUUUUUGCAAGAAAGGUUAUAUUUUGGCAUGUGUGUGGAGAAUCCUUCCUUGAUUUUGAAGUGUUUGUGUCAAAAUAGCACUGAGAAAGUUUUCAAAACUGUUGGUGUAUUUUUAUAGUUUCUGUGGAAUUUGAAACCUUAUAUAAAACAGGAUACACAGCAUUAAAAAAAAGAGAUCAAUGAUGGAUGCAACAAUGCAAAAUAAAUUUUCAUUUACAAGUGCUUGAAAUAUGGAUGGUUUUAAGACAAUAUUAAACACAAAAACAUGGAGAAGGCUAUCAGUGACAACUUACCUUGAGAGUUGUGUCCUGCCUCCACUGCUGGAAGCCAUAUGCUUCUGAAUGCCAGUUGCUGGAAGGUGCAAGAGAAGACAAUGCUGUUUCAAUGAGGUCUUUCUUGUGGGCUUCACAUAGGGAUCUGGUUGUCUGCCUUUUGUCUGAUCCAGCAGGAUCUCCUUAUAUAAUUCUCAGUUGACUGAAAAAGAAGAUAUUGCUGUAAUUGGGCGGCGGGGGGAGCGGCGGCGAGAGAGUUUAAGAUGAUGAUGCACUCCUGUAGCCUUUGGUACACAAACUCAGCAAGUGACAGCUGUUUUUAGCCAUUUUGGCUGAGAGCUAGCUCAUUGGGCAUGCACAUUCUCUUUCCUGGGUGCCUAUAUUCAUGCGCAUCUGUUGGGAUGGCAUAAUGCCUAGACUUGCAGUGAUAACUUAGUCACUCUGAUACACAAUUGCUAAGAAAAAAUGCGUUCAAAUGAUGUAGAGUCCGAACUAUUUCCAGGACUAUCUCACCUACAGGAGAGCCUUGGCGUAUGAGGUCAUCACUAUAUUUGAUGCAGUCUGUGUCACCUUGUAAUUGGUGUUUUUUUCCGAUUAAGCCAGUCUGUAUUUAAAAAGAAAAGACAACCAGCUAUUUCCAGAGGCUUCUCGUUGAUGGUUGGAGGCCAAAAUGAAUGUUAUGCUUGCCUGCGGAUGUAGCCCCUAUGGGCAAUAUGUGGGUCAAAGUGUAUUUCUCCAUUACAUGCCUGCCAUCUCAGGUGUACUGUAUGAAAAGUAAGCAUAAGGCUGAAUUGGAUAAGUAAGCAUACCUUCAAAAUAUUGAAACUGACAAAAGUACGUAUUGAUUUCCAGGAAGUGAAUGUUUAGUUAAUUUGACAUCAGAUUUUGCAAACCACGCACCAAAUUUUUAAGAUGUAGCUACAAUAUGGGGAAUAGAUUCCUGAGAAUCACCAUUAUGUAAUGAGGCACCAGAGCUGUAUAAUUAAAUUUGGUAUUGAGCUGUCAUAUGGCAUCUGACUAAUAAUUUAUCUAGCCUUAGUCUUGCCUAUUCUAUUCUAACUGGUAGCAGCUCUCUAAUGUCUUGGACCAAUGUGUUUCCCAGCCUUUGGGCCCAAGGCCUUUUGAGAUGCUGGGCAGUGGUGGACUUUGGGCUUCCAAAUUUCAGCAGUGUCCUGUGUGAUGCCAAUAUUUGGCACCCCUCCCCUGCCUCUCACCUUCUGUUGUUCGUCAUUGUUCUGGUGCCCCCUGUGACGCCUUCUUGGCUCUGCGUUCAGUGUGGGCGAACCAUUUGCGCUUCCCUAAAUCUGCCUCAGGGAUGCGGAUGGUGCUGUGGGUUAAACCACAGAGCCUAGGACUUGCUGAUCAGAAGGUUGGCGAUUCGAAUCCCCGUGAUGGGGUGAGCUCCCGUUGCUUGGUCCCUGCUCCUGCCAACCUAGCAGUGCGAAAGCACAAAGUGCAAGUAGAUAAAUAGGUACCACUCCGGUGGGAAGGUAAACGGUGUUUCCGUGCGCUGCUCUGGUUCAUAUGACCAGGAAGCUGUCUGCAGACAAACACCAGCUCCCUCGGCCAAUAAAGCGAGAUGAGCGCCACAACCCCAGAGUCGGUCACGACUGGACCUAAUGAUCAGGGGUCCCUUUACCUUUACAUCUGCCUCUGUGCUGGAAACCCAGUAUGGUGGUACCUCGGGUUACAGAUGCUUCAGGUUAGAUACUUCAGGUUACAGACUCCGCUAACCCAGAAAUAGUACCUCGGCUUAAGAACUUUGCUUCAGGAUGAGAACAGAAAUCGCACGGCGGCAGUGGGAGGCCCCAUUAGUUAAAGUGGUACCUCAGGUUAAGAACAGUUUCAGGUUAAGAACAGGCCUCCAGAACGAAUUAAGUUCUUAACCUGAGGUACCACUGUAUAUAUCCAUUCUGCCCCUGAGUUGUGUCCCCUGAAAAUGGGCAGCCACAUUACAUUUUUAGGGGAUUUUUCCAGCCUUGCCUGUGGAUUUGAAUAGAGUUUUGGUUUUGGUUUUAAAUCCAGAAAUUGUUUUCAGAGUCCCAUUAAACUGGGUGACUUUGGUCAACAACCAGCAUAUUUACAGGUUUCGAAGCUGGGUGUUUUGUUUUUCAAGAAAUGAUUUAUGUUGCAGCUUAAUAUCUGUUCUCAGAAUGCCUUUGUUCUUUUAUCCUGGCAAAAGAUCCCUCUUCAAACUCAAAAGCAUACAUCCUGUUAUCAGUUGUCUUCUAUACAUUGCACUCUCUGGGAUCAGUGUGAAAAUAACAUUUAGGUUAUGGUUUGAAUUAAUUUAUCUCUGAGCUCAUGGGAUAUUUCCAUUUAAUUUGUCUAUUUUGAAAUAUAUUUAGCUUCUGAAAUGAUAAAUACCUGAAAUGCUGAUUUACAAAAUAUUCGGAAAACUUGCACUGAUACUUAUUUUUGUUUCCCAGUGGUGAAGUAAGAUACAUGAUGGAGAGACACUUGAGUACAAUUUAAUGGGCCACUUUGCCUCACAAUUGAUUGACUUUAUGUAGGGUUUAGUUCCUACCGAUUAUCUUAAAUAUAAUGCAACAUUCACAUGUAUUCCACAGUUAGCCUAGUGAUGGAGCUUGGCCUAUUUGUGACCCUUUAAUGCAGUUGCACCUAGAUGCUCUGGGAACCAAUUCAAACGAGCAGACACAGCUGUGCUAGGAAGCAGUCCUAAGAAUGAGAAGACGGUUUUAGUUACGCUGGCGUAGUACCAGAUCCAAACUCUGACCAGGUGUGGGGCUACUGCUGGCUGGGCUUGACCAAAGCCUGGCAGAGGGAAAACAAGAGCUUGAGUUACAUCAUCCUUUUUGUCAGCUUAACUUAGUGUUCCCAAGUCAUGUGACCCUGCUGAAUGGGCUUAGGAUCCAGCCUAAGUCCCAUCCCUCUGGGUUUACACAGGCUGAAAUUCCACUGGGCUCAGCCAGCUGGGUAACUGCUGAGCUGGGAUGAAGGACUUAGCACAGUGUAUCUUUGGCUGAGCUGGAGUUGGGGACUUAUGCAGGCUUAGCCCAGCUGAGCCAAAAAACCCCCAGCUCAGCUGGAGAUCUGCUGAAUCCUAACCUGCACAUUGUAGCAGAUCUAGCCUUAGGGUUGUUCCCUUAGCGUACUACCUCAGAAUACAGAGGGGUUGCUGGUUUAAAAAUGCAUGCAUGUAAAAAUCAUCUUACUGAAAGGUCACAUGUCAAAGAGAAGUCUGUAGCCUCAACUAACUUUGUCCUGAUGUGUCUAAGCUUUCCAUGUACAGUGGUACCUCGGGUUAAGAACUUAAUUCGUUCUGGAGGUCUGUUCUUAACCUGAAACUGUUCUUAACCUGAAGCACCACUUUAGUUACGGUAAUGGGGCCUCCUGCUGCCGCUGCAUGAUUUCUGUUCUCAUCCUGAAGCAAAGUUCUUAACCCGAGAUAAUAUUUCUGGGUUAUCGGAGUCUGUAACCUGAAGCGUCUGUAACCUGAAGUGUAUGUAACCCGAGGUACCACUGUACAAGAGGUUUUUAUAUGUGGAUACUAUCAAGCAUGCAAUCUCCAGUGUAAAUUCUGUGUGCAGUUUGAAUUGGGUCAGUGACCUGUAUAAAUAAAAUUGGCACACCUGGAUACAUUGCUUGUGGAGUUUGAACCUUAGCUAGUGUGCCUGGUGGUUUGCAGCCUGUGCCACUAUUACAUUUGUGAAGAAAAUGUGAGAGAACCUUCAUUGGAUAUGGAUUUGGCAGGUUCUUUCCCUCUCUCUUCAGAAUACAUUUAAAGCAAAAAAGUGGUGUCCCUUGCUGGACAUCUGCAGAUUUGAAAAUUCUGCAGUGCAUUGUGGGGAGGGGGGUAACUUAUUUAUAGGCUGAUAUUUAAACAGGAAUGUAGUCGGAAAUCAUGGCAGGUGCAGCCCUACCCGUUUUGUGCAGGGCAACAAAAUAAUUCAGGGUGGCCUUUCUAGGUAGUGCAUGUGCAAAUAUUUUAAAUGAUAGCUGUACUGGAAAAUAAUUCUCUCAACAAUUACAUGGAUUUUUGCAGUCCUGCUGGUCUGGCAGACUUUUAAGAAGGUUUGUCAUUUUAGCACUAGUAGAGUUAAAAGAAAAAUGAAUGCCUUUUCCGUCUUAUCACUCUUACUUUCCUUGCCAUAUCAUUUGAAAGCAACAUGCAUUUUGUUCGCCUUAUCAGGGUAGAUGUUCCUGCCCAGAGAAUGCACAUUAGCUGCUUACUCACUGUGCAACCAACGGCCCUUCAGUGCAGUUGUUAAUUGUCCUGUUUCCUGUGAUAUUCAACUAAUGCAGACACUGUCUCCUCUAGAUCCAAUUUAGAUACGAUUUUGUGUUGUGUUUUUGUAUUCUCCAGUAAACAAUGAAAGUUCUGUUGCUGAAAGAGCCUAAAGAAAGUGAAAACGGACCAGAUCCAUAUAUAAAAGUAAGUAACCUUUCGAAAGAGAUUAAAUUUAGCUAUUUGUAUCUGAAUUGUCAUUCAACUUAACUCUGAGUUCUGCAUUUUAGGUUAAUGGACCUGUUCAGAUAGCCACAGACAACCACUGGUCCGCAGAUCAUAAAUAGGGUACAACUGCAUUGUCAUAAAAAGUAUAGCUAUUGCCAGGUUGGGCAGCAGGCCAGAUAGAUGUCCUCUCUUCCCGCUACGUCUCUGGAAAGAGUCGUUUGCAGUUUAAGCUGGAGGGGAAUGCUUAAAGUUAGUAACCCAGAAGGUUAAUAAUAUACCCUUCAAGUGUACUAUAUUCUCAGACUUCAUAUAUUCAAGCUUCUCUGCUACAGGGGAAAAAACUGGUCAAGUUUCUCUGCCUGGUAGCAAUUGUUUCCUGAAAACAGAUGAUGGACAGCAUUGUUUCAAACUGAUCUGUACAGCUUCGGUAGUUAGCAUAUAGUUUGGAUUCUAAGGAAGCAUAUGUUGGUGUAAAAUAUAGCUGUCUCCCAUAUACCCCCACAAUACCUUAAGAUGUGAAGUGGCCUCGCUAAAAAUGCCUGCAUCUUCUGAAGCAAGAUAGGGGUUCACAAGGAAAAACACAUUUCUGAUAGUUGAAUGUAAUGUUGAAUGUAUUGUUGAAGCUUACAGCUAUGUCAGGGAAGGGGAACGAAGGCAUGUGCAAGCUCAAGUCUUGCUGCAGCUGCUCCUCAUGAUUCUAAACCAUGGUUUAGCAUUAGGUGUAAACCAAGCCAACAGCUGUGCGGUUUAUUUAUUUAUUUGGGGUUUCAUUUCACUUGUAUGAAGAGUACAUUAAAAUACCACUUCUAGUCGCUAGGAAACAUGCAACAAUAAUCUGCUGUUUUAUCCAUGUUACACACAGACCGGUGCGUGAAGUACAUAAGGGAAUCAUGCAGAUAUGAAGUUCCAUAAUUAUUCUUAAAGUGGGCUGCAUGAUUGCAAGGACAGCAAAGCUAUUUAGUCUACAUAUAACCAAAUGUAGGCCUGUUUUGAAGGACAACUGCUUUACACCGUAGGGCAGCUGUUGCAUGUUCUCUAGCAUAAUUAAUUAUUAUUGUAAUUAUGAACAUAUUAUGCACGCAGGGGCAUUUUUUCACUAACUUAAGGCACUUGGUCCAAUGCAGCAGGCUUUUAAAUAAAAACGCAAGUUUGCUUUUUUACCUAAUCAUGAUUUCUUCCAAGUUAUGCUGUUACCACUAAACAACAGUACAAUCCUAUACAUGUCUACUCAGAAGUAAAUCUAAUUGUUUUCCGUGACAUUUACUCCCAGCCUAAGUUACCUAGCUGAUUUAAAUGUUAAGAAUAAUUUUAAUGUGUCAAUCCUUAUCUUAUCCCAAAAUUUUAUGUCCUUUCAUUCAUAGGAACUGGGUUUGCAUGGGCUUGAAGCAACUUUGAUCCCAGUUUUAGCAUUUGAAUUUACAUCUCUCCAAGCUUUCUCUGAAAGGGUAAGUCUUAACAUUCUCUUCCUGUUAAUAGCCUGUUCAGGGGGGAAAAAAAAGCAUCUAAUUUUUAAAAACCCAUUUGUUGGAUUAGGAAUGUAGGUUGCCAUGGUAUAUAGCAUUAUGUUGACUAGAAGGGGUCUCUGCCCUAUUUGAACCUCAGUUGCUUUUGGCCAUAGGGGCAUCUGGUAUCAGCGGAGAGACCAGUCCGUGGUGGAGGAAAGGAUAAACCUUACUAUUUGGCUUGACCUCCAUGAGAAUUGAUACUCCUGCAAAGAUGAUAAAAUACAACUAUCUAACAAUGGUGAAAAAAUGUGUUCACAUGCAAAUACUGCAUGCAUACUGAAUUUAUCUAAAGUCCUUGCCAUUCAUGUUUUGUUUUGCUUGGGGAAGUUUGGCAAGAAAUGAUAUAUUCUUUGAAUAUGAUUUUUGUUUACCAGUUUGGGGGUUUUAGAUGUGACGCUCAGUUAACACAUGCAUUUUGGAACUGUAAGAGCCCUAUUUCUUUUACCAUUUUAUACUCCAUUCCAAAGAAUAUUUAAUUGGAAGUUGGUCCCAUUCAUUGCCCCAAGGGUUGCUUUCUACUUACAUAUGUUUAAAGCUGCAUCCUAAAUCUCAAAGGUGAAUUUAGUGCCCUGACAACCUGGAUUAAAAUAUAUGAGAAUUUUUUUAAAAAAAAUUCCUGCUUUUUUAGGUAUCUAAGUGACUUAAAUGAAUAUUUUUUUCAGUAUGUUUAUGAGCUUGUGAACUGAAUGGUCUUAUAGGGCCUGUCAGUCACUGAAACAGAGCUUUAAAUACUAAGUAGUGUGAUGACAAAAUUGCAAUGAGUUGAGCUGUGGAUGAUCCUGCUUUGAUGCUACCAUUUUGACAAGGACACUUGUUUCUGCCACAGGAUUAAAGGAAAAAAAUUUUUUUUUAAUUACUUGUUUAUAAAUUUGAGUAAUUAAACCUCAUUACUAGCUGAGCACGUGCUUCUGAAGCUAAGGAAAGAGCUGCUAACCUCCAUUUAAAUAGGGGAACAGAAGCCAGUGUGCCUUUCCUAGCACACUGGAAAUGCAUGAAAUGCAUUUUAUUUUCUUGGAGGUUACUCUGGGGCAGGUUUCUUUCGUUUCGCAUAUCUCUUGCCAAACCCUUCAGCUGCAAAAGCAAAGCUACUGGGAUGUAGAAAAAAUACCAAUCAGUAAGUGAGCCAGCUUUGAGUCUGAUUAUGCCCACAGCUAGGAUUAUGAGCCACAGUUGAUCACAGGUAUAGUUCCCUUGAGCUAGUGUCCGGAUGGUGCUAUUUCUGUAAUUACACUUGCAUUAUAUAAAUAGUACUCUAAAGGGAUGCUUAAAAGAAACAUAAAUCUUGAGAUUUCUCUCUCACUCUCUGUAUACAUAUAUACACACACACACACACACACACAAGCAUGCAAACAAAUAUGCUUGAUAAUGGGAUUUGGAAUUGUAGAUGCUUGCUGAAGGCUUAGACUAUAAAGCCAUAUCAGUAUCUAAACUAUGUAACUGAAUUAUAUAUAAAUGGUAUUUUUAAGCUUAAGUAAUAUUUCUGUUUCAGACUAAGCCUUUUCACAUUUCCAAGACAGUGAGCCAUAGUCCAGAGUCUUGAAUGUCCUUGGAGUUUGCUUUGCUGGCUAUGGCCAGUGAAGUUCUGAGAGUGCACAGAGCUCCUUUCCUUUCUAUAGGUUACAAUAGGAAAGCCCUAGUUACAUGUUUAGGGCUAUUUUUUUGGAUCACCGUAAUUGACUUGGACACAUAAUUACAUUGAGGGUUUAUAUAAGGUGUAGCCAGUUUAGUGACCUCUAGAUGUUGCUGGGCUACAGCUUCCAUAAUCCCUGAUCAUUGGCCAUGAGGGCUGGGCUUGAUGGAAGUUGGAAUCCAGCAACACCUGCAGGGCACCAUGUUGGUGAUCCUUGAUUUACAUAUUCUGGCUGAGUAUCGCUAUGGCAUCCUUUAAGCUUUGUAGGGGAAACCAAGACCCCUGGGAAGCUGGUGGAAGCUUCACCAGAACUCCAUUUGCUACAGCAUACCGUGGAUGUUUUAUGGGGUCAGUUUUCAUCUGGUAAAAUGUGCCCUUGCUUGUGUACAAAGGCUAAGGCUAGAACCUAGUUUUUGUAUUGAUCUGCGGGUGCUGAGAUCCAUUCUUCUAACCUUGUAAGCUGUUGCUUCAGUUCAGCAGAGCAGAGCAUCAGAUUUUUAGUGGUAGUUUGUUGUUCUACACCUCACUGAUUCUGCCGAGAGAAAGUUGAACAGUUAUUAUGAUGUUCCACAAUAAUUUUUCCUGCCCCAUUAGUUGUGGGGAAAGCAAUGAGUCUAUUAUUGUCGACAAGGAUUCUCAAAAUUUAGAGUUCUUGAGGCUGCCCAACUUAAACACACAUGAUUUCCUCCUUAUGAAAGAAUAUGUCUAGGCAGGCAUACAGACAGUGAUAUCAAAAAUUCACUUGUCAGUUAUUCAAGGUACAGUUCCCUUUAGGCAAUGAAUCACACAAUAACAUCUAUUGCUAUCCUAGGGUAACUUUACAGUAGGCUGUGGACACUCAGUGACAACUCCAGAGUCUUGGAUUCUGAAGUCCCAUCAAGCAAUUGUUUUCUUACUGACCUGAAGUCAGCUGUAGGUCAUGCCACCAACACGUCAAAGUUAUAUUGUAAAAUGAUAGGCUGCUGUUGAACUCAGACCAUAGAAAACACAAACAAACAAACAAAAAGACUUGACAGUAUUGUCAAUGCAUGACUUAGUAAUUUGGUGAAAAUACUACUAAGGACACCUGCUGCUUUAAAAAGCAGCAGAUGGAAGACUUUUUAUUGUGUUUGAUUUCUCAUCGUUAACUUACACUUAUUUUUCUCAAUUUUUGUUGAUGAAUAGGUUUUUCACCCUCAACAGUAUUCUGGACUAAUUUUUACCAGCCCAAGAGCUGUAGAAGCCUUCAGAUUAUGUCUGGAUGAUAAUGCUAAAAAAAACGGUAAGUGGGAAUUUAGACAAUACCAUUAAAUAUGGUGAAUUACUGUUUUCUCUUGAGAUACAGUCAUUCCUCGGGUUAAAGUAGCUUCGGGUUGAGCGUUUUCGGGUUGCACUCUGCGGCGACCCGGAAGUAAUGGAAUGCGUUACUUCUGGGUUUCGCGCAUGCGCAGAUGCUAAAAAUGAUGUCACGCACAUGCGCAGCUGCGGCAAAUCGCGACCUGCACAGACUUCAGGAUGCGAACGGGGCUCCGGAACCACUGUAUAUGCCUUAAAAUGCAUCCCCGCCCCCAAAAUAAGCCCUUGAGUGUAUAAACAGUUGAAGGGCUAUUAGAAUUCUCCAUCAUUCUUUUUUUGGGGGGGGAGGAAGUGUUUACCAUCCUACAGCAGAAUCCUAACCAUGUCUUUUCAAAAGGAAGACUUAUGGAAUUCAGUGGGACUUGCCCCAGUUAGUGGAGUUAGGAUUGCAAUCCUAGUGAGUCACUGGAUCAGAUAUUUUCAGAAGUUUUCUACCACAUCCUUUUGUACUGGGAUAUGCAGUUACCUAUGAGUGGUGGUAUGAAUUCAAUGCAUUGCUUAGGAACUUAUUACAUGCCCUAGCUUCCUUUUCUUUUGAGUAGUGCUGUGUUAAUGUCAGUAUUUUGAUGCCAGCAGCGUCAUGUGGACGCUGUGAAAAAACUGAGUCCAUGAGCAGCACCCAUCCCACAAUGAACACCCAUCUGGAAGCACUCUAAAUAUAUGGAUUAAGAAAGCAGCUUCAGACAAGAAACUGAAAGAAGCAUCUAUCCAUCCAAAUUUUCGAAGCAUAUUGGAGUACUGAGCAAAAACACAUUUUUGUUUGCUUUGCAUAGUCACUGACAUUUAUACUGUAGUAAUAGUUAUUCAUAUUUUGCUGAGCUCACAUAUUUUUCAAAUAAACAUUCUUUGGUGGGGCAUGUCCAAAUCAGCAUUUUAGUAUUUAUACUGUAUUGCAAAAUGCUUACACAUAAUUUUAACGUUUCACAGUUUGGAAAAAUUCUCUGAGAGAAAAGUGGAAUACCAAAUCCAUUUAUGUGGUGGGAAAAGCUACAGCUGAACUAGGUAAGCCACAUUUUAAAAAGGCCUAUAAAAAUAUUAAUAAAAAGCUAUACACCAUACUUUGCAAAAGAUACUGAUGCUUAUUUCUAGUUCCCUACUAUUUACUCCUUAAUGGUCAAAAUAUUUGUCAGCCAGCAAAAAUCUUAGAAGUGGCUUGUAUGCCAUCUGACCAGGAAAUGAAAAUGGAUUGAAUCUAAACUCAUGCCAAGAUGCUGAGCCAUAAGCAGCCUAGGUUGUUGUCAAGGCAGGAAGCACAGGUUUCCGGGAUUGGAGCCAGGGAGCAAGCAAUCAUAUGAGCAAGAGCAGCUAUAGAAGGCCCACCUGACAAGGUCCUUUAAACCAGUGGCUGGUGUGAAUAAGUCUGGGAGGACAUCAUACCCUUGGGAGCUCUUUUGGACUUACUGCUGUAAGGGGCAGUACAGUGGUGCCUCGCAAGACGAAAUUAAUUCGUUCCGCGAGUUUUGUCGUCUUGCGAUUUUUGUUGUCUUGCGAAGCACGGUGUCGGGAAAGUUUUGGAAAAGCUUCAAAAAUCACCAAAGUCUUUAAAAACCUCAACAAAGGCUACCACACCGCGUUCUAUGAGUUGCUCCUCAAAGUCAAGUCGCAACUGUAUUAACGGUGUUAAGAAAAAGGAAACAAACUUGCAAGACGUUUCCGUCUUGCGAAGCAAGCCCAUAGGGAAAAUCGUCUUGCGAAGCAGCUCAAAAAACAAAAAACCCUUUCGUCUAGCGAGUUUUUUGUCUUGCGAGGCAUUCGUCUUGCGAGGUACCACUGUAGAUCCAUUGGUUCUAGCCAAUGGAAACUGAACUUACAGACUGAACUUCACCAUCUUGUGAAAAUAUAUUGGAUCACUUCUGAUUAGGUUCGCUUGAGAAUGGGACGGUGCCUGGCACAUGGCUGUUUGGGUGUAAGCCCCAUAGGGCUUACUCCCAGUUAGGUGUAUCUUGGAUCCCAGCCUUGGGUGCUGGAAGAAACUGGCCUCUUUGUCUCAGGAUUAAUGCCCUUCUCAGAGUAGGCAGAAUGUCAUCUUCUUUAAAAGAAACAGAUGUUUUCUUUUUUUUAAAAAAAAAAAUCUCCCCGACCCAGAAUAUUUUUUAAAAUUAUUGUUCACUUUCAAAUUUUCCAUUCUUUGAGAAGGUAACUGAGCACACUCUUAAGUGAAGAGAGUUUCCAUGGCCUUUUUGAGUCCUGCUGGGACAGUCUGACUCGAGCAUAAAAUAGAUAUUGCCCUGGUUUUGCUGGUCAGUCUAGGGACCUCCAGGGAAAGUACAGCCCCAUUGGUUCUUCUGGACAUUUUAUCUGCUUUUGAUUUCACUUAAUAUCUGUGUGAAACCUCCAGGAUGGACCACCUGAGAAUUUAGUGUGGUGUUACCAAGCACUGGUGGCACUCAGCUCAUUCUCUUUUAUAAAAGUCCAUCAGUUUUGCAUAAUUCCAGGUUUAGCAGUGCAGGUCAGGAGGUGGAAACGGAGAAUAUAUAUGCUGUGCUGUGCUAUGACUCAUGGCUGUAGUGUGGUUUGAAUAAGACUGUUUUGGAAACUGCGGCUCCUGCAAAAUGCUGCAGUGCACCUUGUUUCUGCUGUGAGAUUGAGAGAGCUUGUUAUUCCAAUACUCAAUUGAUUGCAUGAGCUGCAAGUAUGCUUCCUGGCACAGCACAGGGUCCUGGGUUUUUACAUUUAAAUCCUUCCACUCUGAACCUAGGUUUCCAGACAGAUCCCUCUCCUAAUUCUACCACAAACUCCUACUUUCUCUUUACACACACAAAAUACUUGUGUCCUUCUUACUACAAUGAGAGAGAGGAGGAUUCAAGGGCAAACUGUCAUUUAUCACAUUUAUAGCUUGCCCUUUAUGGCAGUUUGAACCUGUUUCUCUAAUUCCAGUCCUACAUCACACUAGCAAACAUUCAUCUUUAACAGGCAAUUUUUAGAGAUGGGCAGAGGAACCCCUACCCAUGUAGGAGCAUCUUGAAUAGAAGUGGAAGCAAAGCACUGCUGCUAUACAUGCUGUUCAUGUUGCAUUGCUUCAGCUGCUGUGGAUCAAAAAAGUAUUUGGUGCACUCCUUGGGGCAGUGUUCCAGUUAUCAGAAUCUGGGCUACAAAGACGAAUCCUGUUUUGUUACGUGGCUGUACUGUUGCAUUGUUUUCCAUCCCGUCGAUCACGUCGUUGGAUAGCAAAUUAUAAUUCUCUCUUGUAUGUAUCUCUAUAAAGCGCAUUUUAAACAUUGAUUUAUGAUAAUGUUACAAAGUAUUUUUUAAAAUACGAAUAUCCUCACUGACUCAGUAGAACUUUAAACUCAUUCUAAGGAAUCAUUUUUCUCUCUUUCUUUCAGUGGCUGAAAUAGGUCUCACAUCACAAGGAGAGAGCUCUGGGAAUGCUGAAAAACUAGCUGAAUACAUUUGUUCUCGUAAGCAGAAUAACAUUUUUCAAUGAUUGGGUUAUUGUUUUAUCAUUUUCUAUGGUCAUACACAUUUUCUUUAAAAAAAGGGGGGGUGUUAUGCUUUAUACAGAAUGCAUAUUUUUCUAUCCUGGUUGAUAAUGAAAAGUCCAGAAUCCUGUAGGACCUGUAUGAAAAUAGUUGCAUUGUCUUCAGAGCUGACUUUGGCUGAGUUGCUUGGGCAAAUAUAUCAACUGGCUCCUUAAUUAAAUAGGUAGUGUUAGUCUUUUUCCUCGAGACAGAUCUUAAAGUCUUUUAGAAUUUAAUGUCUCUGCAUAAUUUGUUAUAGAAGAAGGAGAUACUGCCGGGGCUGGUGCCUCUUACGUAGGCCAGAGCUAUCAGGCUGUUAUUCUUUUUCUUCUUCUUUUUUGUAAACACAAGUUUAAAAAGAUUAGCAUUACUUUUCAGAUAUCACAUUGGCAUUUCAAUUAACCGACACAAGCCUUGGUAGGAUUGAUAUUAACAUAUUUUGCUUUUAUCUCUCAAAAUAACGCUCUGUAUUCUGUCUCAAGUCCUUUGUUGCUUCCUGUAAUUUAUUACUAACAUAUCUGUGGUGCCUAAUAAAACUUCAGUUUGCAAUUAGGUUAUUCUGAUAAAUCUGUGCAGACUCCUAAUAAGGUCCCUCAGCUUGAUUUUACUGGAAUGAGCCUGUUUUCUUCACCCUGGAGAAAACUCAGGAGCUUAAGACUAAGAGGCAAGAAUGUACUUGUAGCAUUUAAAAUAAACACCCCAAACCAUGUUUUCUUUUAUCUGGUUUAAAAACAAUUUGGAAAAAAGCAAAUCCUCUGCAAAUACUAGGACCAGAGAAUUUUAAAUUGUUUUACCCCUCCACUUUCUCCAGUCCAGAUCACCUAAUUUCAUGGGCAAACCUUCCAGGCAUUCCUAGCUUGGCUCAGAAGAGCAACACAUGUUUUCUUAAUAUGUGUAUGCACCGAUCCUGAAUGUGCAAGCAUGCAACAGAAAUAUAUACAUAAAUCUAUAUUAUCUAUCUAGUGCUGGGGGGUGAGGGCACAAAAGUGCCUUUAAGAAGAAUGAGUAGAAUAGAGAUGAGGUUUCAGUAGGAGCCAUGUGAUUUCUCCCUGGCGUUUCCUAAAUCAGUUCUGAAGAAGCAAGCUGUACACAUUAGGCAAAGGACCACACCCUUCUUCUGCUCCAGGAUAAUCUCUCUGCUUGUGGUUGGGUAAUGGAGUGUGAACCAUGAGCCUCUUGAAAACACCAGAUCAUUAUAAGAAUACAGUCAGCUUGAAUGAUUGAAAACCAGAAGUGAGUGUUCCUUCAGUUGGAAGCUGAAUGCCUGAUGGUGCUUCCGUGGCUUCCGAUUGGCUGCAGGAGCUUCUUGCAGCCAAACAGAAGCCACAUUUUGGAAGUCAAAUGUUUCGGAAGUCAAACGGAUUUCCAGAACGGAUUCUGUUCGAUGUCCGAGGUACGACUGUAUCAGAGCCCUGCUGCAUGUAGUCUAGAAUUGAAUUUCCAACAGUGGCCAUACAGAUUCUUCUGGGAAACAGGAUAUGAGGGCAACAGCCCUCUUCUCUUUGUCCCCAGCAUCUGAUAUUCAGAGGUAUAGUUUUUGUGGCCAACUGAUAGACUUCCUUUCCAUGAAUGUGUCUUAAUCCAUUUCUAGAACCAGCUAAGCUAAUGACUACCAGCACAUCUUGCAACAGUGAAUUCCAUAAAUUGAUUUACAAAAACAUAUUAGUUAUGUUGUAUGAAUGUAUGCAAGGAUGACUGUUCUCCAAUAAGAAGGUCUGUCUGAGGACAUUUGUGUGAUGGUUCCCCUAAGAGAACUUGUAGGGGUUCAAAAAAGUGAAUGUCCAUUUUAAAGACCAGAAAAUGGGUGUGUUAUAUAUCCCCAAUAAGACAACUUGUAUCUGGAACAUCUUUUCAAACCACCCUGUUCCUUCUUGUGACAGCCUUGACCUUUCCUUUGUGUGGAAUGUCAGACAGCAAAUUUAUUCAGCUGAAAUGAGUCUUUAAAUAGCUAAACAAGUAUGAGGAAUGCCAAGUGACUGAAGGGGAGGGAGAAAACUUAUUAAGAUGAUUGGAAGCAUUGUGCUUGGUAGCUCUCUGUUGAAUAGCAAAGAAAUGGAGCAUAGCAAGGCAAUUUAUCUUUUUGCCAGAACUCUUUAGCCAAAAUAUCCAUGUCUUGGCAAUGGAAACCUGUUUUUUUUAAAUAAAAAAACAUGCUAAAGAGCUUCUGCUAUAUGUGAAACACCUAUGUGCCUUGAACUUUAUUUUCAGUAGUCUUAAGGGUGCAAGUAACACAUAUCAUACUUUUCACUGUGUGUUUGUAGUGUGAUGGUUUAAAAGUGUUAUUUGGGGACUUUGUGCUUAAAAUGACCUCAUGAAUUAAAUAUAUUUUUAUUUUAUUUUUUCUAACAGGGGAGUCACCCAAUUCAUUGCCUCUGUUUUUUCCUUGCGGGGCUCUCAAAAGGGAAACACUUCCAACAAUGCUCAGUGGGAAAGGUUUGAUUUAAAUCGUUUAAAGUAUUUUUGAAGUUUGGUCCUUCAAUUUGAGAAACACAGAGUGCAUGAGAGACAGUGCCAAUUAUCAGACCAAUAACCGGCUUUGCAUACUUGUGGGCUCCAUCAAACAUUGCCAUCUCAGUGGUGCUACUGGGCAGUUUAUGUUGAUGCUCUUUCUGUGACAACCUGGAUCAGUCCAAGGGGCAAGUUCAUCCUAAUGCAGCCUGCAAAGUUUCAGUGUGUGCCCAAUGUUUGCCUUUGUUGAAAUCAGAAGAGUGGUGCGUAAGUGAACCUAUACAUCAUCCCCAUAUACAAUAAGUCAUCCUCACCCAUUUCUGUGGCAAGCACAACAAGGCAGGUCACUGCCAUUUAAAUAAUCAAUUAAGAUGGUUCCUGGGGUUGGUGAUGAUGACUCAGCAUGCUAUUUUGGCAUAGCAUAUUCAGUUACAGUGCCUGCAUUUUUUAGCCCUUGAAAAAUAUUCAGGUAGAAGAAGAGGAGGAGUUUGGAUUUGAUAUCCCGCUUUAUCACUACCCUAAGGAGUCUCAAAGCGGCUAACAAUCUCCUUUUCCUUCCUCCCCCACAACAAACACUCUGUGAGGUGAGUGAGGCUGAGAGACUUCAGAGAAGUGUGACUAGCCCAAGGUGACCCAGCAGCUGCAUGUGGAGGAGUGGGGAAGUGAACCCGGUUCACCAGAUUACAAGUCUACCGCUCUUAACCCCUACACCACACUGGUACAUAGUGUUGUCUGGGAUUUUUGUUCAGUUUAUCUCAUAUGCUUUGGUUAGCAAGUCUUUCCAUGUUUAUUGUAAAUGACAAUAAACCCUUAAAAUAUUUUUCCCCCAAAUAAUUUUGUUUUCAAAACAAAGAGGUGGUUGUUUAUUUUAGAUUUGGGGCAGCAUCUGCUAGAUACCCAUCCAUGUUAGUAUUAAUGCUCAGGAUGACAUCAGUUUAAAUGUUUGUGUUUUGAUUUAACUGAAACCGAUAAGCUUAAUCAGUAAUAUAUUUCACUGUUUUGUUGCAGGCAUUGCACUAGAGGGCCUUACUGUUUACCAAACUACUCAACAUCUUAAUCUUCAAGACUCCUUGAGGAAUUAUUUCUCACAACAGGUAUCUCACUUCCCAAGUGAGCAUUUAUCUACAUUAUGAUUAUUUUUAUUACGUUCUCUUGGUUGUCUGUCAAGUUACUAUUGCCAAGGACAACCAGCAAGCUGCUUAAGCAAUUUCUCCACCCCCCUCCCCUAGCUGUGGAGGCAGAAUUCCUCUGGCUGUGCUUUUAGUCAUCUUAGAUAUAAUGCAUUUGUUUGAUAAAAAUGGAAGUGGUCCCCAGACAUUUUUGUGAUACGAAACACAAUAGCUCUUAAACCUAUUGAUGGUUUUAUGUUAUAUAAUCCUUGAACAUUUCUUACCACACUAAUGGUAUAGACAUAUAUCUUUUUUCCUCCUGCAAUUGAGAUGUUCAACCUAUUUUAGAUGCUCUCACAGAAAGAAAUCAAAUAAUCUUACCUUCCAGGUAACUUGUGUGUUUUGUUCCCAGCUUCAUGGGGUUUUUUUGAGGGGUUAUGGCAGCGAUCUAGAAUUAGAAGGGUCCCACUAAAGUAAAUGGGGCUGCUGCCAAUUAGGUGGACUUGAGGUUAUAUCUUAUUGUCGUCUUCUUGUACUUCCUAAAACCUUUUUUUUUGUAGAAAAAUCUUUUUUUCCCCUUUCUGCAGUAAAGAAUUUAUUGUUCUAAGGGAAUUCACACUGUUGAAUGUAAAGGGUUAACACAGGUUGUUCAUUUGCACCAUCUCCGCCCGUGCCCCUCAGUGGGAAUUAGGAAUUUUGUAGGGAUGCUGUUUUUUUCCAUGCUGAAUACUUUUAGGAGAGAUCUUACUCUAAUGCCAUUGUUGAGAUUAGUUCUCUAGCUCACGUAUAUUUUUUUAUGCCACAGCAGGCUGUCUUCCACACAACUGAAUGCUUGACUCUGCAUGGUCAUUUGUGGAGCAUAUAGUUGGUGUUGGAUCAGUAGCCCAGAGUAAGUUUAGAAGGGAGCCCUUGAAGGAUUUUUGUUUGAUUAAAAGUGCAUUAGAAAGGAGAGGUUAUAUUGGCUGUGGGAUCUUGACUGUAGAACCCAAGCUACGCAGUUGCCUAUUACAAUUAGAAAUGUGAGGUUCAUUUACAAAACUUUAAGUAACUAUGUUACUAUGAGGAAUUGUUUGUAGACAGGAAUAAAAAGGACUUCUUUCAGGAAACAUUAGCCUGGUCUUCUAGUGACCUCCUCCCAAUCAAACUGGAAAAAUCAAACUUCAUGCAUUCUUGGGCAAAACAGCAAAUGAAAUGUGAUGUUGUGUUGCUAUAUGUACAUGUGGUACGAGCCCCCCGCUAGCUGUAAUAUCCACUGCAGCAACUUCAGAACCGACUUUUAAGCUGCAAAGUGGCCAUGGUGAAUACAAAACAAAAAAACAACCCUGGUUGAACAUACAUAAAGAGAUUCAACCAGGAAGAAAUAUCAGCUCUCCUUCUCUUUUAAAUAUUUUUCCACAGGGUAUUCCUGCAAGUAUCACGUUUUUCAGUCCAUCUGGCGUCAAAUAUUGUAUGAAGCAGAUUCAGGAAUUGGCUGGUGAUCUCUUUCCCCAAAUUAAGGUACAAAUCUGUUGGAGAGGUAAUAUUGCAUUUGGUUCAAACAGAAUUCUGAUUCAAGGGUCUUGGAUUCCUGAUUAUCAUUUUGCUUUAAGCUUUUCUGUCUCUUAACUUUGUGCUGUGGGUGGCAACUGUUCGCUGUCAAUUGCCUUAAUAUCCUUUGUAGAAAGACACUUUAUGAAUUGGGGGACAUGUUUUUCCCAUAGUGUCGAGGGAUACAGAACUUAUUUACUGACUCAGAAUCACAUUAAUCUAUGGAUGUUUCAGUGUGUUAGCAACCAAACAGUAAUGAGAGUUUGAUAUACAACCAUUAUGGAAUAACUGCAGGGAAAAGAAGCAGCAAAGGCAUGCACGCCAUUGGAAGCCAACACCAUUUCACUUGAUUUAUUUCUUCACUUCACUGUUUGCAGAAUAUGAAUUAUCAACCACUUGUGACAUUGAGUGCAUAUUCACAUGUGUUUAUAUUUUACCACCCGGGUGGGGGUGGAGAUUUGUAUUGAGGCCACAACACAAGGAGGGAGGGAGAUCAUAUUUUCCACCCAUGUUGCAGUUCUGAUGAAAGUCACCAUCCUGAAAACUCUAUUGGCAUCAAUAGCUGCUUUCACCCUGGGAUAAAUAGUGGGGGCAGGGUGCAAAGAGUUGCCCAGCUGCACCACAAUCCCAAUCUAGUAAUGGUUUACACUUUGAGCAGGACAAACCAUGAUAUCUGGUCUGGAUGUAAUGCUAAACCAAGUGGGUCCAACAAGGAGGAGCAAAACAGGAGAGACCAGCAUGUUCACACUAAACCAUUAAAGAUGGGUAGUAUGACGUGUGAGCAAAGCCAUUCUAUAGUUUGAGCAUGAACACAGCAUAUAUUAAGAUGGGGCUUAAUUUCCUGCCCUACUUGAAUUUUGAAUUAGUAGUGCGAACUUGCUUGGUAUGUAAUUUCAAGGCUGGCUAUUGGUACCAGACGUAAGUUAAAGAGGGUACGUUGACAUUUAUUAGUCCAAACUUCAUUGGUAUGAGAAAAUAAGUUCAAUAGAUCUUUAUUGCAACUUGAAGACCAAUGAAAAGGGAUGCAUUUUAGCCCUUGAUCCAAAACCACAUACAUACAUGAGUUUGGAAUACAUUUCUGAAAGGCUAGGGUGUUGAUCUACAUGGGGAAAUGUUAUCAGGCAGCUGGCUGACAUAGCAAGAGCUGAAGUCAAUACUGUAUCGGUCUCUACUGUGUUAACACGAGUGUCAUUUCAGUUUGCUGCUAUAGGUCCAACAACAGCUGAAGCUAUAACUGCUCAAGGCGUCUCAGUGAGCUGCAUUGCCAGUAGCCCAACUCCAGAGGAUCUCACUGCUUGCAUUAAAAGGAGUCUCCAGUUGUAGAACUGAUGGAUUUUAAGGCUGUGUGCAUUGGAUAUUACGCUAUUUCGCAGAAAUGACAUCUCUAAAAUGAAAACUUAUUGUCAGUGGGUGUAACAUUCAUUGGGAUUAGUAGUCAUAUUCAGCUCUGGCAUGUAAGACACUUAAUGCAUGCCUUUAUACUGUAUUAACAGUGGUGCUAAAUACAAAUUAAAAUGGACAGUAAUAGUAGCCGUCUAGCACAGUUAACAGCUUGUCUAAUCUUACCCUGAUAAAUGUGAGCUUUUUUUUUUUAAGUUUUAGAAAUAGUAAUAAUGAAGCAUUAGGUGUUCUGUUGCCUUCUAAUUAAGUCUCACAUUUAAUGUAAGCAAUGUUGCUAUAAUCCAGAUGCAAUUUUCAUUGCACCUAAGUUCCCUUCAGAAAUCCAGGGUAGAUUUCAAUGUCGGGUUAUGGUCAGUGCAAGCAUUGCAACCUGCCAGACAGACUAAUCCCCUAUGUGCUGUUCUGGGAAUUCUUCUGACGCCCCUGAGCCAAUUUCAGAUGGGAAGCAGAGGGAAGAGAAAAGAGAAAGCUCAAUUGCAUGAGUGAAAACCCUCGUGCUGAUUGGACACUUUACAUGAAAUCUGCCCAUUGACUAAAAGCAGACUUCCAGAGACACUCCACCAUACACUUGGGGUGGGAUAUUGGUUGCCUCCUAUGUACUUUACACCUUAUGCAGAUUUUCGUAAUUGUACGUUCUCUGCUACUGUGAAUAAUAGCAUAUAAAUGGGAUAUUUGAUCAUAGGCUGUGAAUAUGUUCAUUUCAAAUUAGUCGCUUCUGACAAGUGUUCUGUAUAUCAAGUAUCUCAGUUUAUACAAGCACAUUGUGUGCUCCUGUUUAAAUCAUGUUUUGCAUCAUCAUUGGAAAGAGGGAAAGAAUGAUUUCCAAGUCACAAUUCCAAUAAACAAGUUACAAAAUAUUCU